AGCGCCUGUUGUUUCAGUAGAUUUCAACAGGCCUGAUGCUGCUGUCACACGGAUUUCAUUCAAUCACACAGCGUCGCCAGCAUCAACAUUUACCGAGCUGGUCUUCAGAAAGCUGAGUUGACUAUUAUAGACGUGUGUAUUAGGGAGAAGCACAACGGCAGGAUGGUGAAUGAGGGUGCUGGCGCCCCACGCAGUCGCAAGGGGUCCCAUAAGGUGGCUCCGUCAUCAGACCAGGAUGGCACUGGAGCCGAAAAAGCUACAGGAGAAGUAUCCUGCCCCAGUAAUGGAACAGUGGAAGUGGAGCACAUUAUCAGCACAAAACUACAGCUGAAGAAGAAAGCUGAGCUUUUGAAGGCAGACCUGAUGAGGCAGUUCGACACUCAAGUCAAUGAAUUCAUGGACAGUCUGAUAGAAGAGUCUGCCAGUUUGGGUUCCUCCCAUAUGAGCACAGUCUUUCCUCUCUCAGAUAAGGAGAAAAGCAAACUCAGGCAUACGCGACCUUCUCAAGGCCACAGCAAGCAGUUUGUGAUCCGUCGAUCCCUGUUAGAUGAUCUGUUUGAGGUGAACCACAUUCGCACCAUCUAUCACAUGUUCAUUGCUCUCCUUAUCCUCUUCAUCUUCAGUACGCUCGUUGUGGAUUUCAUCGAUGAGGGCAGACUGGUGCUUGAGUUUGAUCUGUUGGUGUAUGCGUUUGGCCAGUUCCCCCUAGUGGUUGUCACGUGGAUGUGUAUGUUCCUGUCCACGCUUGUGGUUCCAUAUGUGCUGCUCAGUGUCUGGGCCAGUAUUUACCCCACGUCAAACUUUCGGGCCUUAUGGACAGUGCUGGUCGGUUCUCUCUUGCUGCUGUACCAGGGGCUUUGUUUGGGUUUCCUACCCACUUAUGUGGUGCUAAAGAACGGCCUUCCCCCUGCCUCAUGCUUCAUACUUAUUCUAGAACAGGUGCGACUGAUAAUGAAGGCUCACUCUUUCAUCAGGGAAAAUGUGCCAAGAGUGCGAUCCUUAGAACGAAACAAGACAAAUUCAUCAGCUGUACCUCAGUUCACCCAAUAUAUUUACUUUCUCUUUGCACCCACCCUGAUUUACAGAGACAAUUAUCCACGAAAUCCAUGCAUUCGGUGGGGUUAUGUGGCUACAAAGUUUGCACAGGUGAUCGGGUGUUUGUUUUAUGCGUAUUACAUAUUUGUGCGGCUGUGUAUCCCUCAGUUCCGCAGUAUCAGUAUGCAGCUCUUUGACCUGAGGGCCAUGGUGUUGUGUGUCUUCAACUCUAUACUGCCAGGAGUGCUGGUGCUUUUCUUGGCGUUCUUUGCCUUUCUGCAUUGCUGGCUUAAUGCAUUUGCUGAAAUGCUACGGUUUGGAGACAGAAUGUUUUAUAAGGACUGGUGGAACUCCACUUCAUUUGCUAACUAUUACCGCACAUGGAAUGUCGUAGUACAUGAUUGGCUUUAUUACUAUGUGUACAGGGACUUCCUAUGGAUGACACAGAAGCGAUUCCGUGCAGCAGCCAUGUUGGUUGUUUUCACUGUGUCUGCUGUGGUGCACGAGUACGUUCUGGCCAUCUGCUUUGGCUUCUUCUACCCCGUCUUGUUCUGCCUCUUCAUGUGCUUUGGAAUGGUGUUUAACUUCGUUCUCCAUGACCGGAGAAAAGGGCCGAUCUGGAACGUGAUCAUGUGGACUGCGCUGUUCCUGGGCCAGGGUGUUCUCAUCUGCCUGUACUCUCAGGAGUGGUACGCGCAGCGCGUCUGCCCCAUUCAAGAGCCUUCUUUUAUAGAUUUGCUGAAGCCUCGAUCCUGGACUUGUUCUCCACCAACUGACACUGCUGUGGAUGCUCAGUAAAGCCACACCACCAGAUGAACUUUUCUUUUUUCUUUUUUUAGCAUUCUGUAGGUACUGCACUAUGACCAAACAAAGUGAAAAGUGACAAUCUUACUCUGUAAUCAUGAGGACAAUGUUUUAUAAAGAGGCCUUAGAUAUUUUAUUUGUUUGGAUCUUAAUAUUUAUGAUAACAUCUAUAAUAGAAUGUAGAAUAUCUGUAAUGUGCAUUAUGAAUAUUUCGUUAUUUCCUUUCAAAUUUCAAAGUGACAAUCUAGUUAGCGUUUAACAGUCUAUUUUAGUUUAUGUCUGAUCUGGCUAAAGAGAUUCUAUUUUUAGAAGCCUUUGUGAUGUCAUAAAGUUGAGAUCAGAUUGUACAGUAAAUGUGUUUUGUUUACUGCCACUUCUCAGAUAGUGUUUGAUAUUGUGGUGUUAUUCCAGUACUGGAGAGGCCAUGGACAAGUGGAACAUUUUAACCGGUUUUUGGACUUCACAAAAUUGUAGAAUGUUUACAAGCGGAUUUAAAUUAUGUGCCAUACUGCUGUUAAACACAAAAAUUGUUUACUUCAUACCUUUCACUCCAAGAGUUUUAAUUAAAAUGACUAUGAUUUGGUGGAAAUUCUCAAGUUUGCCAUUCUGCCAGUUUUAUUUAAUUUAGUUACUGUUUGAACAGUUUAGACUGUUAGGAUUUAGAGUUCUGGAAAUUUGGACUUAAUAUAAUUUUUUUUUCUUUCUCCCUAGAGCUAAACUAAUUAGAUACUAAUUUAAAAUGCUUUAGGACUUAUUUAUUACAAAAUAGGGUAUCAGGUUUUUGAAAGUGUUGAGGUAUUGCAGCUGGCUGCACUCAUGUGAUCAUUACUACUAAUGGUUUUCAAGCACAAUCCCUUUAUUAGUUAUAAAUUAUUAUGUACACUGCCAGGGAUAAUAAAGUCUAGGACAUUUUGAAUAUCAUUUACUGGUGCAAAAACAGUUUUGAGUGAAAACUCUCUCCAAUUCCGCCGUAUGUUUGAGAUUGUAUUAUAUUUUUAAAUCAUACCUGCAAUAACUGUGAUGACCAGCAGGUGGUGAUGGAGAGUUGAAUGUUAGGACUACUGUAUAUUUGCACACAGCCUUUUAGAUUUUGUCUCUUUAUGCCAACUGCCAUGUAAAUGCUCAGUGCGACUGAAUUGCGACUGUAAUUUUCAUCACAGAAACGUGAUCAAUAUUUUGGAACAGAUGUCAUAUUUUUAAACAAAGUUUGACCAAAAUCUUGUGAAAUUCUCAGUGCGUAGCCUGUACCAACAUGCUCUGUAAUGGACAAAUAAACAGUUUAACUGAC